GGAAGGGAAAAAACACAGCGCGGGGCAGUUGCGAUGGCGGCGGGAGUAAAAAAAAAAAUAGCUGCAGCGCAAUUUAUUCUCGACCAGCCAGCCACAUAAUCGAUUCCCUCCCCCAGAGCUGGUCAUCUCUCGCGAGCCCGGGCCAAUUGCAACCGCUUGCUUUUGCAAAUCGCGAUCCUCCAAGCGCAUGCGCCAGUGAGGGUUUCUGGGAGCAGCACCUACCCACCUAAACACUCGAGUCUCGAGACGGCUUAACCCCGCCAACGACCCACGACGCAGUUCUUGGACCCCGCGACACCAUGGCUGAUCUCCGAAUCCUCCUCAUCGGCAACGGCGGCCGCGAGCACGCCCUCGCCUGGAAGCUGAGCCAGUCUUCCCGCGUCGAGCAAAUCUUUGCCGUACCCGGAAACGGUGGCACGGCCUCGUGCCCCAAGGUCGCCAACGUCGGCUCCGUCAAGGCUGAUGACUUCGCUGGACUCGUCAAGUUCGCCCAGGACAACCAGAUCAGCCUCGUUGUCCCCGGCCCCGAGGCACCUCUUGUCGAUGGUGUUGAAGGCUGGUUCAAGAAUGCUGGCAUCCCUGUCUUCGGCCCCUCCAAGGAGGCCGCUCGUCUCGAGGGUAGCAAGACCUACUCUAAGGACUUCAUGAAGAAGUUUGAUAUCCCUACCGCCGCCUACGAGAACUUCUCCGACUUCGACAAGGCCGUUGCCUAUAUCAACAGCAUCAGCCACGACAUCGUCAUCAAGGCCACCGGCCUGGCGGCCGGCAAGGGAGUCAUCCUUCCCCAGACCAAGGACGAGGCCAAGGCCGCUCUCAAGCAGAUCAUGGUGGACAAGGAGUUUGGCGAUGCUGGCAGCGAGGUCGUCAUCGAGGAACUCCUCAUUGGCGAUGAGCUCAGCGUUCUCACCUUUUGCGACGGCUACGCCUACCGAUCUCUCCCGCUUGCCCAGGACCACAAGCGCAUCUUUGACGGUGACCUGGGUCCCAACACUGGUGGCAUGGGCUGCUAUGCUCCCACCAACAUUGCCACCAAGGAGCUCACCGAGCAGAUCGACCGCGAGAUUCUCGAGCCCACCUUCGCUGGUAUGCGUCGGGAGCAACAGCCAUUCCGAGGUGUUCUCUUCACCGGCCUCAUGAUCACCAGCGCCGGCCCCAAGGUGCUAGAGUACAACGUUCGCUUCGGUGAUCCUGAGACCCAGACUGUUCUUCCUCUGCUGUCUGCUGAUACUGACUUGGCCGAUGUCAUGCUUGCUUGUGCCAACGGCUACCUCGAUAACUGCAACCUGACCAUUGAGAACAAGUUCAGCGCCACCGUUGUUCUCGCUUCGCCCGGUUACCCUGGCUCAUAUCCCAAGGGAGCUGAGAUGUCUGUCCAAACUGCCCCUGAGGGGUGCACCAUCUUCCACGCUGGCACCACCCUCGAUGGCAGCGUGUUGAAGACCUCUGGCGGUCGUGUGAUUGCCAUCAACGCUGUUGGAGACUCCCUCCGUGCUGCUGUCGAUGCUGCCUACGCUGCCCUCGACGCCAAGGUCAUUGAUUUCGAGGGUGCUUUCUACCGAAAGGACAUCGCUUACCGUGCUUUCCGAGACACCAAGCAGGCGAGCAUGACCUAUGCCCAAGCUGGUGUGGACAUCCAGGCCGGCAACGACUUUGUCGACAAGAUCAAGAAGGCCGUUGCCAGCACCAAGCGGGCUGGUGCCGAUGCCGAGAUUGGCGGCUUCGGCGGAGAGGUUGACCUCUCCAAGUGCGGCUUCCCUGAUGCCCCUAUCAUGGUCGGCGCCAUUGACGGCGUCGGCACCAAGCUCAUGAUUGCCCAGGCCAUGAACAAGCACGACACCGUCGGCAUUGAUCUGGUCGCCAUGAACGUCAAUGACCUGGUCGUCCAGGGCGCCACCCCCCUCAUGUUCCUCGACUACUACGGCUGCAGCAAACUCGAGCUUUCCACUGCGGCCGCUUUCGUCGAGGGUGUCGCCACUGGUUGCCGUCAGGCUGGAUGUGCCCUUGUCGGCGGCGAGACGGCCGAGAUGCCCGGCAUGUACCAGAAGGAUGACUACGAUGCCGCCGGCUGCGCUGUUGGCACCGUCACCAACGCCGGCCGCCUCCCCCGUUUGGAUGCCAUGGUCGAGGGCGACGUGCUCCUGGGUCUCGGUUCUGCGGGUGUCCACUCCAACGGCUUCUCCCUAGUCCGCCGCAUCGUCAAGAGCGCCGGCCUCAGCUACACCACCCCCGCUCCCUGGGACCAGUCUUUGUCCAUCGGCGAGUCUCUCCUUACCCCUACUCGCAUCUACGUCAAGAGCCUGCUCUCCGUUCUGGGCCAGAUCAAGGGUCUCGCCCACAUCACCGGCGGCGGUCUCCUCGAGAAUGUGCCCCGCAUGCUCCCCGAGGCCCUCGCCGCCGAGAUCGAGUUUGGCUCCUGGGAGAUCCCCCCGGUCUUCAAGUGGCUCAAGACGGCCGGUAACGUCACUCCUACCGAGAUGUGCCGCACCUUCAACUCCGGCAUUGGCAUGGUCAUCGCCGUCGAAGCUGCCCAGGCGGAAGCCGUCGCCCAGACCCUUUCCGCCGCUGGAGAGAAGGUCUUCACCAUUGGCCGUCUGGCCCGCCGAGACCAGGGCGAAGCUUGUCUGAUCCACAACGUGGAUUCUUGGAGCUCCGAGGCGGGACUGCCCGUGAAGCGAAAGGCGGAUUUGGCGUUGUGAUUUAGAAUAGGCGAUUUCUCUCUGGUUAGGAGAUGCUCGGAUGACAUGGCGAUUUAGAUUUUAAAAAGAAAAACGGACACCUUCAAGAGGCGGUUUAGAUUGAUGAGAUGUCAUGGAUGGAUGAAUUGGAUGGGAUUGGAUGGGAUGGGAUGCCAUUGGCUUAGUUACUCCCUAUGAAUGACAACACACUGGUGUUUUUUUUUGGAUCGCU